GACUGAGCUUUGGCUGAGCCUGUGCCAGAGAGAGGAAGAAAUAAAUCCCAAGCGGAAAAAACGCAGUGGAGAAGCAGCCAGUGGAAGAAAACCAUCUGGAGGAACCCCAAAACAGCACCAGCGACAGCAAGGAAAACACCAAGAAGUCAGGAAGAGAGAACUCUGAGGGUGCAAUGGCUUUCUUCCUCAAACCACGGCCAUGCACGUGGGACCUUGCCCUGGACUACCACACCGCCAAACAGUUUGAAGUGGAUGUAACCCUGGAUCCAGCCACAGUGGGUCCAGAGGUGAUCCUCUCUGAGAACCUCAAAGAAGCCACCUGGGGUAGACCUCGAUGCCAGUGGCCUGCGGGUCCAGGCCGGUUCGACACAGACCCGUGCAUGCUGGGCAGCAAGGGCUUCACCUCGGGCCGUCACUACUGGGAGGUGGAGGCCAAUGGGCGCUUCUGGGCUGUGGGGGUGGCCCGUGAGUCAGUUCAGAGGAAAGGCCGGGUCCUCUUCAAGCCCAACACUGAAAUUUGGGGCUUGCAGAAGUAUGAUGACCUCUGCGUUGCCCUCACAGCUCCAUCCAACACCUCUGUCCCAAUCCUCAAUGGGGAGAUUGGGGUCUACCUGGACUACGAGGUGGGACAGGUCUCUUUCUAUGCUGUCAGCAGCCGCCAACGCAUCUUCACUUUUCCUGUGGCCUCCUUCAGUGGGGAGAGGGUCUUCCCCUACUUUUGUGUGCUCCUCUCAACCAUUAAACUGUCCCCCAAGGGCUGAUGCCCUGAAAGGAUCCUCCCAAAGGCUGGUUGCAUCACAGUGGUUGGAAAUGCUGGUUGAUGCUCCUCAACUCUUAUUUUCCAAGUCUCGGAGUAAUUUCUAACUCAGUUCAUGGUCCUUCCUUCAUUUUAGAUGUCUCUGUUUUGGGUUAUGCCCAGGGGGUUUUGGGUCUAAGCUCAGCAUGGCUCUUCUCAAGUUGUUAAAUUCAUGCAAAGCUUGUUAACAGGAGCUCGACUUCCCUGAGCUUGUUUUGAGCUAAAAACUUUUUUUUUUCCCCUCCCAAAUACAGCUUCCUCUGGACAUUCCUUUUGCUGACCUCAGAGUCUAUGACUGGCUGGCCAUCCAGCACAAAUUAAAAAUCUUGAUUUUUGCAAACUUUGUAUUAAUACCAGCAGCUAUUCCUCAUAUUAAAACUGAAUUUCGUUAUCACAA